ACUGCGUUGGCAUGCAGGUUAUGACAAUAUUUCAACUGAAUAAUCUGGUAGUUGCUCUUUGGAGUGCCGGUGGAUGAUGUAACACUAUUCAAACGCCGAUUAAGUAUUGCUUAUUUUAUUGCCAGUCGCUAGCCAGGUGCUCUGCGCUAACUUACAAGGGUAAUGGAUGAAUGAUUUCAAAGGCCAAUCCACAGACCUGUAUAACCGUGUGCCAAUCACUGUUGGCUAACUUGCAUAGCUGCUUCCCGUUAGCCGUUAGCAGUCUGAAGGUAGUACUACAAGCACUCCAUUCAGCUACAGAAGUCAUAGAGCUACACUGAAACAAACCCUGGUUGGUUGAGAUUGCUGCGAAAGAUUACUUUGCCUGCUGCUGCACUGGUACUAUGUCAGUUGCCGUUAGAUAUCCAAAUUAGCUCGCCUCGUAUUCUGGCACUGUUUUGUCCACGGACAAGCUAACGUUUUGAAUAAACGUCAGUUGCUGUGUUUGCAUAGGACAGCUUGUCCUACCUAACCAGUUACUUUUAAUUGGCUUAAGCAGUUACUCAACUUGUCGUGCAUGGCUAUGGCGUCGAGAGUGAACGGAGAUGUGUACAAUGUGAUUUCGCCAACAAUUUCCCUGAGCUAAAAACGCGGAGUCUUUGCAGGAUGGAUAUGGAUUUGGGUGCUGGCGGGGACAGCGCUAGAAGAAAAAUGGAUUUAACCGGAGAGGUGACGGAGGUGGUUCCUCUGGAAAUGUACGACUCUGCCAGAGCGAAGAUAGCUGCAAACCUGCGAUGGCUAUUCGCCAAAGCCUACGGCAUAGACAACAUCCCGGAGGACCUGCGCGACCCCUUCUACACGGACCAGUAUGAGCAGGAGCACAUCAAGCCGCCCGUGAUCCGGCUGCUGCUGUCCUGUGAGCUGUACUGCCGCGUCUGCGGCCUCAUCCUCAAGGGCGACCAGGUGGCUUCCUUGCAGUCCCACCUGUCCGUCAUCCAGGCGCUCUCCCGCAAGGGCAUCUACGUCAUGGAGAGCGACGACACGCCCGUCACCGAGUCCGACCUCACCUGCAUGCCCAUCAAAAUGAGUGCCCAUAUGCCGAUGAUCGAUGCCCUGAUGAUGGCCUACACGGUGGAGAUGAUCAGCAUCGAGCGCGUGGUGGCCUGCGUCAAACGCUUCUCCACCUUCAGUGCCUCCAAGGAGCUGCCCUUUGACAUCGAGGACGCCAUGGUCUUCUGGAUCAACAAGGUUAACAUGAAGAUGAGGGAGAUCUCUGAGAAGGAGGUCAAAGUGAAGCAGCAUCUUCUCGAGUCGCCCAGUCACCAAAAGGUGCGGUAUCGACGGGACCACGGCUCGGGCCGCCAGACGCCCUACUUUCCCCUGGUGGAGGACCUGAUGAGGGAUGUGUGUGACGGGGCCGCCCUGCUCACCGUGGUGCACUACUACUGCCCCAACGUCAUGAAGCUGGACGAUAUCUGCUUAAAGGAAGUGACCUCCAUAGCCGACAGCCUGUAUAAUAUCCAACUCCUGAGGGAGUUCUCCAGCGAGUACCUUAACAAAGGCUUCUACCUAACACUAGAGGACAUGCUCUACGCACCGCUGGUGCUCAAACAUAACGUCAUGGUGUUCAUCGCCGAACUCUUCUGGUGGUUCGAGAUUGUGAAACCGGAGUUUGUUCAGCCAAGAGAUAUUCAAGAAUCCAAAGAUGCGCGAGCUCUGGCUCAUCCCAAGAGCACGCGGCCCGUCGUGCCCAUCUCCAACGCCACCAAGCGCAGCUUCCUGGUCACGCCUGGCGUGGCCGACCCCGCACUUCCCUCCCCCAACACCGCCGACGCCUGUGCCAGUGCUAAAGGCAGCCCCAGCUUCAGCCUUCCACACCCCCUCCUCCCCCUCAGACAGAGGCAGCAGAAGCCCCAGCAGGGUGACGAUAUGCUGGGGAGCCGUAUUCGCUCCAACUCCUUCACACAGGACAGCCACAGAGGAUCGAGCUGGGCAGAGAAAAGACAGAGGCCGCUGUCCCAAAUGAACCGCUUCCUGCUCCACACGUCCGCCACCGACAGCGACGUGGACCUGCACUCCGGCGACAGCGUGAGCCUGACCUGCUCCAUCAGCGAGGACAGCCUGGCAGCCAGCACCACGCCCAAGCACCACGCGCACCUGCACAGCGUCUACGCCGCUCAGCUCCAGGCGGCCGGCCCUCGCCGCCUCAACGGCCACCACGCGCUGCUGGCCAACGUCAACAUGCUGGACGAUGACGAUCAGCGGCUCGCCGUGUUGGCCGCCGCCAGCGGAGACGGCACUGUAGUGGCAGCCGCGGACGCCCAGGGCCACGGGCAGGGUGGCGCCCCCCCGGGGGUGCCCAGGACCAACUCCUGGAUGAGGCAGGAGGAGAAGGCUCCGGCUCCAGCUCUGGCUGCCGCUGCUGCUGCUGCGUCGUCUGCGGACGAGGGGUUUUACCUGGAGCCCCUGAUGCCCGCCGCCCUGAAGCCGGCCAAGGAGAAGUCCAUCAACCUGAACAAGGAGGAGGAGUCGGGGGAGGUGCGGCGGAGCAGCUCCACGCGGAGGGUGGUGGGAGGUGGUGCUCCGGUAGAGCCACAGCAUCAGACGUCCUCCUCCUACCCCAGGCGGAGACCCAACCACAGCCUUAACCGGACCUUCACCCCCAACGCCAGUGCCGAGUUUGUGGCCCAGUCGCAAGUAGUGGACGCUAAUGGCACUGCUGCUCAAGCCGCCUCCUCCGAGUCCCAUCCCCCUCCUGCAUCCCAGCUGGCCCCCAGCCAAGCCUUCAAGCCUCUGGCUGCCAGCAGUGCGGAUCUCUCCCCUGUUGCUGCUGCUGCUGCUGCUGCCGACCGCUCCCCCGGCUUCUUCCUGCACUCGUCUGGACACGAUGACAAACUACAGCAGCAGCCGCAGCAGCAGGCUUGGGAGACGGAGCAGUCGGACACGGACACGGUGGAGGGCGUGCGGGAUUGCGAUCUGGAGUUUGAGAAGGACGAGCUGUACGACCACGGCGGGGACAAGCCGUGCCCCGACGAGGACGAGGACGACUUUGAGGACUUUGAGGAGCAGGAGUCGGCCAAGCUGCGCGAGGACAUGAGCGUCAAAGAGCACGAGGACAAGGACAAAGACGGCGGCGGUAACAACGGCGGCAGCAGUCGCUGCUCCAGCCCCGGCCUCAGCAGCGUGCACUCGGCGGCCAGCAGCGUGGCCAGCGGCAGCGUGCGCAUGACCAGCUUCGCCGAGCGCAAGCUGCACCACGCCAGCCAGCAGCAGGGCCGCUUCGGCAGCAACCAGGACCUGAUGUCGGCCACCAGCUCGCAGCGCACCACGCCCGACGGCUCGGAGAACAGCUACUCCAUGGCCAGCGUCACCUCGUGGCGGAGCAAGCGCGACCAGAGCCCCGGGACGGGCACGGCCACGCCGCUCGGAGGGAAGGACUCGGCCAACGUGCUGCAGUCGGAGCUGGUGCAGCUGCGCAUGCAGCUGGAGGAGAAGCGGCGCGCCAUCGAGACGCAGAAGCGCAAGAUGGAGGUGCUGUCGGCACGCCAACGCCUCAAGCUGGGCAAGGUGGCCUUCCUGCACAUCGUCAAGAGCAAGGGGAAGAGCGACACGCUGCCGCAGCCAAUCAAGUCGGACUACCCGUCGGACAAAUCGGCAGCCAAGGAGAAGGAAGCGACCGCGUCCAAGGACGACGCCUUUGUGGAUGCGCUCCGUGCUAAGGAGACGAUGGCGGGCAGAGAGCAGGAGAAGGACGAAAAGGGAACGCUGGAGUUUGUCGGCACCACCACCACCACCACCACCACCAGCAGUAGCAGCACGCCCGUCUCCCCCCUCAUCGAGUCCAAGGGCCUGCCCGGAAGCCUGGAGGAGGAGCUGGACCUGAACGAGUGCAACCGCUCCAUCGAGCUGCUGAACGAGGCCAUCGGCAGCAUCCAGCAGCAGAUGAUGCAGCUGUCGCUCCAGCAGGAGCUGCUGAUGAAGCAGAACAUCAUGUCUCCGCCCACGCCCACGCCUCAGUCUCCCCUGGUGGAGCAGCAGAGUGGCGACGGUGGCGCCGCCCCCGCCACAGCCGAGGGCAAGUACCCCCAGGCCCAGGCCAUGCACUUUGAGAGCCUGCCGGGUCCCGCCGGCUCCGGUGGUGGGGGAGGGACGGUCAGGAAGCCGCCCAAGCUCAGCUCCUCCUCCAGGGCCGGCCGCUCCAAGCCCUCGGAGCUGAAGCUGGCCAAGGAGCACGCGGCCAAGCAGCAGCAGGGGGGCAGCAGAGGACACACGCCCACCUCCACCACCACCUCGCACAGGGUGGCCAGCCCCGGGGGCAGGACCCCCAGAGCGGAGGCCGACGAGGUCAGCCUGCAGGACGCCGGGAACAUGAGGAGCUCCUCCACUCCCUUCCAGCUUCACGAGGAGGCCAACCUCCGCAAGGCCGCCUCCAAGUUCCCCGUCCACGUGGCCUUCGACAAGGCCGCCGCCGCCGCCGCCGCCGCAGCUCAGCCUGGAAGGACGGCGUCUCCGGACCUGGGCGCUGGCUCGGACAGCGAGCUGAGGGACGAGGACGAGGAGGACUCGCGGAACCGGGCCAACCUGAUCGAGGUGGACAUGUCCGAUGUGACCGGGGAGGUGGAGGAAAGCGGAGGCGGAGGCAGCAUGCUGGACAUCACUGGGGACGCAGCCGACGGCGAGACGAAAUCAGCCAUGGGCUUCUUCUUCAAGGAUGAGCAGAAGGCGGAGGACGAGCUGGCCAAGAAGCGAGCGGCGUUCCUCCUGAAGCAGCAGAGGAAGGCGGAGGAGGCCCGGAUCAGGAAGCUGCUACUGGAGCACGAGACCGAACAGAAGAGGGAUGAAGCCAGGCGCAAGGCGGACGCGGACCGCGUGCGUAAGGAGGAGGAGAAGAUGCGUCGGGAGCUGAUCAAGCAGGAGUACCUGCGCAGGAAGCAGCAGGAGAUGUUUGAGGAGCAGGGCCAGGCCAAGCCCAAACCCAAACCCAAGCCCAAGAAGCAGCGGCCCAAAUCAGUCUUCCACGACGACUCGGUCACCGACCACUACGCCAAGUCCCCUCCUGCCAAUGAUAAUCUGAUCCAUGCCCAGUCGGGGUCCAGCCUGUCGCUGGCGUCCGUGGCAACCACUGGGGCUGACAGCGUCAACUCUGGCGGAGCCAGCUCUCACAGAGGUGAGUCAGUGGACUCCUUCCCAGGCCUCAGUCGAAACUCCAGUCGCGCCACAGAGAGGGACUGGGACAAUGGCUCCACUGCCUCCUCCAUCACCUCCACGUCCAUGGCUGAGUACACAGGCCCAAAACUCUUCAAAGAACCAAGUUCGAAGUCCAACAAGCCAAUUAUUCACAACGCUAUCGCCCACUGCUGUUUGGCCGGAAAGGUCAACGAACCACACAAGAACUCUAUUCUGGAGGAGUUGGAGAAGUGUGAGUCCAACCACCUGAUGAUCCUGUUCCGGGACGGCGGCUGCCAGUUCCGGGCGCUCUACUCCUACUUCCCCGACACGGAGGAGAUCCAGAAGCUGACGGGCACGGGCCCCAAGAGCAUCAGCAAGAAGAUGAUCGACAAGCUGUACAAGUACAGCUCGGACCGUAAGCAGUUCACCGUCAUCCCCGCCAAGACCGUGUCGGUCAGCGUGGACGCCCUGACCAUCCACAACCACCUGUGGCAGGUCAAGAGAGGCGGCGGCGGGGCAGGGGGAACCAAGCGGGCCGCCAAAUGAAACCCCGGGCCCAGAACCGGACCGGAACCAGAAUGGACUGAACUCCUAGAAUUGUUCCUCGCAUACUGUUGACGGUUGAGAGGGGACAAGAAUGAUGAUGAUGAUGAUGAUGAUGAUGAUGAUGUUUGUUUGUUGAUGCUUGUGAGAAUGUCUGCACCUACUGGCUAUAUUAUAAAGGGUUAUAUUUGUUUUUGUUAUUUUUCGGUUUAUUUUUAUUAUUUUGUCUGCUGCAGCUGAUUGGCUUGCAUGCCAUGGAGGUGGUGAUCAUGUUUUUUUUUUUCUUUUGUGGCCACAGAUGGUCACAGAGUUUUAGCUAAAUCUUUUCCCCUCUGUCCACGUCAGUAGAUUCCUCGUUACUUGAAGUAUUUAUUGUUUUCGGCACUAAUGUGUGUUUGGUCUUGGCCACGCUCUGACCCCCCUCCGUGCCCCUGCGGACGCCCACUGCAGACACACACACACACACUAACAUGGGGACAGUGGAGAUGGGGCAACCAAACAGAGACACUAUGGACCUGCUCCGCUCUUGCCUCCCUAUAGGAAAGCAAACUGUGGAUUUGUCUCUUCACUGUACAGUAAUGCAGACAAAACACUGAAAACGACAAAACAAAACAAAAAAAGUGACUGCUCUUUUCCACCUGGACUUGUCUGCUACAGGAUAGAUAGAUCUUCCAGGGGGCGGUGGGGCUGCAACACUCAUAAUCCUUUACUCGUCAAGAAAGAAGAAAACAAUAUGGUUUGGCGACUGGCUUCACUAUCUUUCUCUUUCUAAAUCUGUCUGUUUGCCUUUCUUUCUCCAUCUUUCAGCUUCUCUCUCUCUCUCUCUCUCUCUCUGUGUCUCUCAUACUCUCUCUCACUCUAUAUCUGUCUGUCUGCCUUUCUUUCUCUAUCUCUGCUUUUCUCUCUUUCUCUCUCUCUCUCUCUCUCUCUCUCUCUCUCUCUCUCUCUCUCUGUCUGUCUGCCUUUCUUUCUCUAUCUCUGCUUUUCUCUCUUUCUCUCUCUCUCUCUCUCUCUCUCUCUCUCUCUCUCUCUCUCUCUCUCUCUCUCUCUUGAAUACAUGCUGCUUGAAUUAGUCCUGGGUGAGUCCAGGCAUCAGUCCGUUGGCCCUCCUCCUGGUGACGCUCUUCUCUUCUCUUCUCUUCUCUUCUCUUCUCUUCUCUUCUCUUCUCUUCUCUUCUCUUCUCUUCUCUUAUUUAUCCAGUGCUUUAAGAAGCUUGUCAGCCGUAGCACAGCUGUAUAAAGCUCUUUCUAGGCUCCGACAAUAGGCCUUGGUACAAAUGUCAGAUGCUGUCUGUUUGUCUGUUUAUUUGUUUGUUGGUUUGUUUGUUUGUUUUUCUGGGUUUGUAUUUCCUUGGGUUGGAUCUGAUGUUAGAUAGACAUUAGUGUUAUUUCACUGGACUCUGUCCUGUAUAAUGGUGCACUCCAUCAUCAUGUCCUAGUGCUUUUAUCAUGCAAUGUAAGCAGAAGUAAUGUCAAAGCUCUUUCUCUGCUCCUCCUCUACUCCUCUCUUCCUCUCCUCCUUCUCUCUCCCUCCCACUCCCUCCACGGUCCCCGUCCCUCUCUCAGACUAUCUCUCCCCCUCUCUCUCUCUGUCUCCCUCUCUGCCCAUCUCUCCCUCCUGUCUUGAAAGGGCAGCAUGCUCUAUUACAAAGGAGUAUGUGGCUAUCAAUCUGAAUGACAGUACCCAAUAUAUUCGUAAUACUUUUAACUUUGCCAUUGUUGUGAAGUUAUUUCCUAGCACGUUAGAACAUUCCGCAAUUAUGUCAAUUACUGCUGCAUCUAUUAUUUUUGUUUGUUCGUUUAUUUUUUAUUGUUUUUGUUUGUUUGUUUUGUUUUCCUUUGCUUUGUAGAAGCCACAUGCCGGCCUCGAUCAAACAGAAGUGUCGCACAAGCACUUUAUAGACACGCUGGCAAAGUUACAUGAGGGAGUUUAUACUGCAAGCUCAUAACCUAUUAUUUAGGACUGUGUCAAAACGAUUUGGAGACUUUAGGUGUACUGUAUAGGUACUGAACUAUAGAUGGUCUGUUCAGUCUGUCUGUGUUUGCUGGAGUAGUACCAAAACAGGUUAAGACACUCAUCCACAUAUACGGAACAUGACACACUUUGAAUCUGUUAAAACUAUUUUUGUUUGUUUCGUUUUGUUGUUUUUUGCCAUUUUUGCAAACAUAUGGUUCUCCCAAAUAGUUCUCGUACUGUCACAAUUUCUGCACCGGGACGGAAGAAAUGCCACAAAAAUAGCAGAAGUUGUUGGUUUUUUGAUAAAUCUAACACUUAGAUCGGUUCCUAACAAAACCAAACACUAGAUAGGACGUAGUACUGACAACAGCUAGCUGAAGGCCCUCUACGUUACGGGCUCAAACUACUGGUUCCAAAAAUGCUUUAGAAGAGACUUGAUUUCAGAUGUGUUGCUGCAUUUUGUUUACUUUUUAAAUAGGAGUUUUUGUAUAUUACUUGUUUUAUACUCACUAAAAGAUUGUAUUGGAAUUCAUCACCAUUUUUAAUACUGUGCUUUUCAUGCUUCCUCAUUUUAAAGUUUUUUUUUCCCUUUAUCAUACCACUUAUUUAUUUUCAAAAAAGAGGCACUGAAAAAUCAAUAAAUGGUCAUCAGUAAAACCA